AUGCAUGUAUUCUACCACAGACACUGGUGUGAGCACACGGUGCAGGAGAAAGCGGAGCGAGUCCUGUCCCCACGUCUGCAGCUUGAAGUGAGCUGCUCAGAAGUGUAUCAGUAUAACACUGAAGCCUGGAGGCUGGAUGUGGACAGGAUGCGAGUCAAGCACGGAGGCGAUGAUGGCAUUGCACUGUACUACAAACAACAGGGCCCCAAGGCAACCUGUUACAUGUACAAACCUCCAGAGAUGGAGACGCAGACUGUGAACAAGACAGUGAGGGUGUGUUGUGAAGGCUGGGGAGGACCACGUUGCUCUGAGGGUGUGGGUGUGCGUGGUCAGUGUUUCUCUACGUGGAGUUGUGAGGAAUUCCCUGGAGUUCACAACUCCUCCCUGAUGCCCAUGGAGCAGUGCUGCAGCAGCCUGUGGGGUCUAAGCUGGAGGAAUGCCUCGGACCAGACCUGCCUGUCUUGCACGUACACUCUCCUUCCUGACUCCCAGUUCUCUCCUCUGGUGCGUGGUGGUCUGCUGGGUAGCGUCAGGUUGCCUCAGAGUUCGGCCACAUGCAUGUCCUGGGGUGGAGCCCACUUCCGCACUUUUGACAGAAAGCACUUCCACUUUCAGGGCAGCUGCACUUACCUGCUGGCCUCAUCUACUGAUGGCACCUGGGCUGUCUACAUCAGUACAGUCUGUGACGGGAGAAGACGCUGCAGUAAGGCUUUGAGGACAAUGCUUGGUCUAGAUUUGGUCACCAUUCGACACAAGAACUUAACGCUGAACAACCAGCCUGUCCCAAAUGGAGAACCCCUCUUCCAAAAUGGAGUGAGUGUUCACUGGCUCGGGGACUUUGUGUUUGUGGAGAGCGGUCUGGGAGUUAGACUGAAGUUUGACCUGAGCAGCACAGUCUAUUUGACAGUGACUGCUGAGCACCUUGCUGCCACCAGGGGGCUCUGUGGAGUCUACAACAACAAUGCUGAUGAUGACUUCACCACAAUGGGUGGGACUGUGUCCCAGUACGCUGCCAGCUUCGGCAACUCAUGGAAAGUUCCAGACCAGCAGAAUGAAGGCUGCAGUGAUGCAGCUGAGCUUGGUCACAGCUGUGAUGUCUCAGGAGACCCGGCACUACGCAGGCAUGCAGAGUCUGUGUGUCACCGACUGCUGGCAGACCCCUUCACACACUGUCACCUCCGGGUGGACCCAGCAGCGUACGUAGACACCUGUCUCUACCUGUAUUGUAGCCUACCUCCCAGAGAGAGGGACUCCGCAGUGUGUGACACCCUGGCCAGCUACACCCGCGAGUGUGCCCAACAACACGUCAUAAUUAUGUGGAGGACAGCAGCUCUGUGUGGUCGUGUCUGUCCCAGAGAUCAGGUAUUUUCAGACUGCGUGUCCUCCUGUCCCCCCAGUUGUGCGUCUCCUCAGCACACAGGUCCUGCAGCCAUGGGGCAGUGCAGGGACGAGUGUGUGGGGGGCUGUGAGUGUCCACCAGGCCUCUACCUUCACCAAGGACUCUGUCUGCAAAGAGACGAUUGUCCUUGCUUCCAUCGCAGAAGCACCUACAAAUCAGGGGACAGGAUACAGCAGAGAUGCAACACCUGUGUGUGCAGAGCAGGCCAGUGGCAGUGUACUGGGGAGAAGUGUGCAGCACAGUGCAGCCUGAUGGGGGCGCUACAGGUGACCACUUUUGACAAAAAGAGGUAUUCACUGCAGGGAGGAGACUGUCUGUUCACUGCUGUAGAGGACUUUAUUGACAGGAAGCUGGUGGUGAGUGUGCGCAGUGGGGAGUGUACAGCAGGAGGAGGUGGAGGAGGCCUUGGUUGUAUGAGGGAGAUCUUGGUUACAGCACUCCGCACCACUGUCACCAUCACAGACACUGGUACAGUGACACUAAAUGGACAGAAGGAGUCAUUACCUGUGGUGACGGGGGACCUGGUUGUACGUAGGGCCUCCUCGUCAUUUCUCCUCAUCCAGACUUUUGGAGCCCAGCUGUUGUUGCACUUAGAUGGACCUUUGUUGCUCAUCACACUGCAACCUGGCUUUGCACACAAGGUGCGUGGCCUGUGUGGAACGUUAACCUGGAACCAGCAUGAUGACUUCACCACACCAGAAGGAGACGUGGAGAGCAGUGUUUCAUCCUUUGCAGGGAAAUUCACAACAGAGCGCUGUGCCCUACCUAAAGGGGCUCCAUCAGAUCCCUGCACCACCUACACCCAGAGGAGACAAUAUGCAGAGACUGUGUGCUCCAUCAUACACAGUCCUAUCUUUCAGGUGUGUCAUGACGUCGUGGAGAGGGAGCCCUAUUAUCGUCUCUGUCUGUCGGAGGUUUGUGGCUGCCAUCCACAGAAAGCCUGUCAUUGCAACAUCCUCACCGCCUACACCCGACACUGUGCACAAGAAGGAGCUACCAUCCACUGGCGAAAUCAAACCUUCUGCCCGGUCCAGUGUUCAGGAGGUCAGGUAUACAAGGAGUGUGGUCGUGCCUGUGGUGGCUCCUGUUCCGAGGGUUGGAGCUGCGAUGAUGAAGGUGUUGGAGUGGGUAUGAGGAUGUGUAUCCCAGGUUGCCAGUGCCCAACAGGACUAGUGCAGGACCACCAGGGCCAAUGUGUACCCAUCAGUAUGUGCCCCUGUGUGCAAGGAGACAAGACGUACCAGUCUGGUGCUGUUAUUAAGAACAACUGUAAUACCUGUGUGUGUGAGCAGGGACAGUUUAACUGCACUCAGGAGCGCUGUGAAGAGGUGAACCGGUGUCCAGGCUCUUUGGUCUACUCUCCACGCUCCUGCCUCCUCACCUGCUCCAGCCUGGACCCUCCAGGCCAACAGCAGGGGUCCAGUGUUUCACAGUCCAGCUGCAGAGAGCCGCUGUCUGGCUGCGUCUGUCCCAAGGGAACUGUGCUUCAAGGUGAUAACUGUGUUCUGCCAGAGGACUGCCCAUGUCACCAUAAUGGUCAUCUUUACUACACCAAUGACACCAUCACUAAGGAUUGCAACACAUGUGUGUGCAACGAGCGCCGCUGGCACUGCAGCCAGUCCGCCUGUGCUGGCGUGUGUUUGGCAACUGGUGACCCACACUAUAUGACAUUCGACGGGCGCUGCUUUUCUUUCCUGGGAGAUUGCCAGUACGUGCUUGCGCGCGAGACCAGCGGUUUGUUCAGUGUCACGGCAGAGAACGUGCCCUGUGGGAGCACCGGGGUCACCUGCACAAAGUCAGUCACCCUCAGCCUGGGAAAUACGGUCAUACAUCUGUUGAGGGGUAAAGCUGUUACAGUAAACGGGAUGCCAGUUGAUCUACCAAAGUCUUACAGUGGCAGUGGUCUGACAUUGGAAAGAGUCGGACUGUUUGUCGCCCUGUCCUCCCGACUGGGGGUCACUCUUCUGUGGGACGGAGGCAUGCGUGUGUAUGUGCGUCUGGCGGCCAACCUGCGCGGCAGGGUCGGAGGCCUGUGCGGUAACUUUGAUGGAGACACAGAGAAUGAUUUCACCACACGGCAGGGCAUCGUGGAGUCUACACCCGAGCUGUUUGGUAACUCCUGGAAGGUCAGCCCCUCUUGCCCUGACGUGGCAAACCAGGACCUUCGGGACCCUUGUGCUCUGAACCCUCACAGGGUGACCUGGGCCAGGAAAAGGUGUGCAGUUCUGACUCAGGCGCUCUUCUCUCAGUGCCACCCCGAGGUGCCCUUCCAGCAGUAUUAUGACUGGUGUGUCUUUGAUGCUUGUGGCUGUGACUCCGGCGGGGACUGUGAGUGUCUCUGUACAGCCAUUGCUGCCUAUGCUGAAGAGUGCAACCGACGAGGGGUCUACAUCCGCUGGAGGUCUCAAGAGCUCUGUCCUCUGCAGUGUGACAAUGGUCUGGUGUAUGAUCCUUGCGGUCCAGCUUGCUCCCCUUUGUGCCCAAGUGUUCAGAAAAGUCCACACUCCCAGUGCGGUGCUCUCUCCUGCGUGGAGGGCUGCUUCUGUCCCGUUGGCACUGUCCAACAUGGUGACAGUUGUGUAGUUCCUAGUGAGUGUCCGUGUGAGUGGGACGGCUCAAUGUUUCCUGCCGAUUCAGUCAUUACUCAACACUGCCAGAACUGCUCCUGUGAGGAUGGUUUGUGGCAGUGUCAGGGUGUGGCCUGCCCCCCUCCCUCCCCUCCCUGUCUGGACUCAGAGUUCACCUGCGCUGGGGGGCGCUGUAUCCCCUCUAUGUGGAUGUGUGACAAUGAAGAUGACUGUGGUGAUGGAUCAGAUGAAGUCUGCCCAUCCACGUGCUCUCCAGAUCAAUUCCGCUGCACCAGCACGCCGAGUGGACCAUGUUUGAACCUGGUUCUGCGUUGUGAUGGCCACCCAGACUGUGCCGACCAAUCAGAUGAGGAGUUCUGUGGACCUGUCACCCCUGUGCCCCUUUGCCCACUGGGGGAGUUUCAGUGCGCCAGUGGAAGGUGCCUGCCAGCCAGCCUUGUGUGUGAUGGACGGCUGGACUGUGGUUUCGCUGAUGGGUCUGAUGAACAAGACUGUGGCGUGGUGUGUGAUGAAGGAGAAUUCCUGUGUGCUGGAGGACGUUGUAUCCUCUACCUCCACCGCUGUGACGGACAUGAUGACUGUGGGGACCUCAGUGAUGAGAGAGGGUGUCUGUGCUCAAAAGGGGAGUUCCAGUGCCCUGGUGGUCAGUGUAUCCCUGCAGAGAAAGUGUGCGACGGACGCAGAGAUUGCACCGCUGGAACUGAUGAGGCUGUAUGUCCAAGUAAAGUUACCUGUGCUCCUGACCAGCUGGCCUGCAAUGACGGCACAUGUGUUUCCAACACUAAGCUGUGUGAUGGAACAAGAGACUGUCAAGGUGGAGAGGACGAAAACACAACCAACUGCUACAGCGUCAUCAUAACAACAUCAUCCCCAGCUUCUGUUUCUCCAGUUUGUAGGUCCUAUGAGUUCAGCUGUGCCACUGGAGGGCAGUGUGUGCCUCAGGCCUGGCGUUGUGACGGGGAAACAGAUUGUAUGGAUGGUAGUGAUGAGCAGCAGUGCAGCGCCCCCUGUGGCCCCAGCCAGGUGCCCUGCCAAAGUGGGGACCAGUGUGUCGACUACCAGCAGCUCUGUGAUGGGAUUCCACAGUGCAGGGAUGCUUCUGAUGAGAGUAUUGACAACUGUGGCUCCAUUCGGAUACCUCCAUGUCCAGGCAGCUUUUCAUGCGACAACCGCACUUGUGUGAACAUGACACAAGUGUGCAACGGUGUACCAGACUGUCCGCGAGGCGACGAUGAGUUGGUGUGUGAUAAAACUGUCUCACCAGCGCCCCCUGGCGGAAGGAACAACACUGUCGCCUGCCCUGAAUUUACCUGUAUGGAUGGAUCUUGUGUCCCCUUCAACAUGGUGUGUAACGGUGUGGCAGACUGUCCAGACUCCUCAUUAAAUCAAAUAGGAGUCCCCACUGACGAGCAGGGCUGCAGGAGCUGGAGCCCCUGGGGUCCAUGGAGCCACUGCAGCACCUCCUGUGGGACAGGCUCCAUGAGCCGCCAACGAACCUGCCCCACUGGUGACCCACUGCGCCAUUGUCAUGGACAGGACCAGCAGAGGCAGCAGUGCUUCAACACCACCUGCCCUGUUGACGGGCAGUGGAUGCCGUGGGCUGUCUGGUCGAACUGUUCGAGUAGUUGUGGUGGAGUGCAGGUCAGACACAGAGGCUGCGUCCCUCCUCGCAACAGAGGCCGAGAUUGUUCCCAGCUCCCUGGAUCAUCCAACCUGGCUAUGGAAAUCAAGCCUUGUCCUGAUGAUGGAUGUGACAACACUAGCUGUCCUUCAGGGCUGGUGAGAUACAGCUGUGCUCCCUGCCCUGUUUCCUGUGCUCACAUCAGCAGCGGGACAACCUGUGAUUCCACAGCACCCUGCUCCUCAGGUUGUUGGUGUGCUGAGGGACAGGUGAUGAACCACAUGCAAAAGUGUGUGUUACCAGAAGAGUGUGUGUGUGAGGUGGCAGGUGUGCGGUACUGGCCGGGUCAGCAGAUGAAGGUGGACUGUGAGAUCUGUGUUUGUGAGAGAGGGAGGCCUCACAGAUGCCAGCCUAACCCAGAGUGUUCAGUGCACUGUGGCUGGUCGUCAUGGACUGAGUGGGGGGAGUGUUUGGGGCCAUGUGGUGUUCAGAGUGUGCAGUGGUCGUUCCGCAGCCCAAACAACCCCAUCAAGCACGGUGAUGGGAGAGCCUGCAGAGGAAUUUACAGGAAAGCCCGUCGGUGCCAGACUGACCCCUGUGAUGAGUGCGAGUACCAGGGUCAGUCCCACACUGUGGGAGACAGAUGGAGGUCGGACCACUGCCUUUUAUGUCACUGUCGGCCAAACCUCACAGUACACUGUUUCCCCUUCUGUCCAUACGCUGUCAGUGGAUGCCCUCAGGGUCAAAGCCUGGUGCCUGGAGAGGGAGACAGGUGUUGUUACUGCCAAGGAGAAAAUGACACCAUUCUUGUGACAAUCAGCCCUGACACUGUGACAUCAUCGCCAGCAGAGGGCAGUAAACCUCUGGUCCCGACAUAUCCACUACCUCCUGGAGAUGAGUGUUGGUCUCCUCUGGGUGUUCAGUCUCUCCCAGCUUCCAGUUUCAGUUCCUCCUCACAGCAGACCGGUCACCCUCCUGAGGCAGGACGCCUACACAGUUGGGAGCCACAUAGUGACCUCCAGGGCUGGAGUCCAGAACCUGAGGAGUAUAAGGACCUACCACAGCGGAGCCCUGAGGGACACGCAAGCAAAUCACAGAGCCCCUACCUGCAGAUAGACCUUCUCCAGCCAUACAACAUUACUGGUGUGCUUACCCAGGGUGGAGGGGUGUUUGGCACCUUUGUCUCUAGUUUCUAUCUCCAGUUUAGCAGCAAUGGCAGACAGUGGUACACUUACAAAGAGCUGGUGACUGAUGCCCGGCCAAGAGCCAAGGUUUUCAACGGUAACCAUGAUGAUCGAGGGGUGGCAGAGAUCCGACUGGAUAGGAUGGUCACAGCUCAGUUUGUCCGCCUGCUGCCACAUGACUUCCAGAACGGCAUUUACCUUCGACUUGAGAUCAUGGGCUGUGGGGAUGGUGACCAAUGGUUGGCAACCACAACCGCUCCCUCCCCAGUCACUCCAGUAGGGGGCUGCAGAGAGAAGGAGUUCCACUGUAAAAAUGGUCGCUGUGUGCCAGCAGGUCUGCAGGGAGUUGUCUGUGAUGGCGUCAAUGACUGUGGGGAUGGAUCAGAUGAGAUGCACUGUGGUACGCAGCCAUCCCCUACGUCCGUCAGUCCUCGCAGCUGCCCUGCUGGUCAAUUCUCCUGCCCUCCACCAGGGGGCUGCAUUGAGAAAGGACAUCGCUGUGAUGGGAUCCCUCACUGUCCCAAAGGAGAGGAUGAAGCAGGCUGCCAUCACCACGACAACGCUACUACUCAGUCAGACAGACCAUACACAUCCACCCCUGCACCUCUCAGGACUCCAUCCAUGGCUGCUGUCACGCAUCCCGCAGUGAAACCGACGGAUGGUGGCCCAGGAUAUCGCGGAAUCUGCUCCUCUCCUCUCGGACUGGAGGAUGGCAGAAUAAGAUAUGGUCAGCUGACCUCAUCCUCGUACCGUGAGAACAACCCCGCUGAUGCUGGACGGCUAAACAUCGUCCCUAAUGUUCAAGUCAUGGAGCCAGGAUGGAGCCCCUUGCCCACAGAUCCUCAGCCAUACUUUCAGGUGGACUUCCUGGAGCCCACAUGGGUGUCAGGGCUGGUCACACAAGGCAGUGCACGUAUGUGGGGUUACAUCUCGAAAUACCGCCUGGCCUUCGCCCUGCACAGUAGCCUCUUCACAGACUACACUGAGGAUGGAAAGCCUGGUGGUCAAGCUCAGGUGUUUGAGGUGCGGAUGGUGGGCAGGACCCCUGUGACUCGCUGGCUUGGUCGGCUGGUCAGAGCUCGAUACCUGCGCAUCAUUCCUGUUGAGUUCAGACACACGUUCUACCUGCGUGCUGAGAUCCUCGGCUGCAGAGGAGAUGAGCUGGUGACACCCAGCACUGCGACUAAGUCUCCCUCUGGUGGUGACAAUGUAACAGUGCAGCGCUGUAAACCCGGUCAGUUUGCAUGUCAGCACAGUGAGGACUGUGUAUCUGUCUCUGUGCUGUGUGACGGUCGACCGGACUGCAAGGACCACUCUGACGAGAUCAACUGUGGUACGGCUCCAACUAGAGGCCCUCCAGGGCUACAUACCACCAGGUCCCCAGGUGGCCACCCUGGUGUCGCUAGUGAGGGUGUCACAGGUGAACCUGGACUUCAGAAGACUUCGACCUCAAAUCAAGGCCUUUGGACUACCACCCCAUCGAUCUACCCAGGUGUCACCACAGGCCAACCAGGGCUGCAUCUCACCACAAGCCCUACUUCUGGAAAACCUGGGUUGCAACCCACAAAAGCCCCAUGGAUUGCGACAACUUCCCAUGAUGGUGGACUACCCAGGGUGCUUUGUGUGGAGGGCCAAUAUGCAUGCCGGUCAUUUGGCUGUGUGGACUCAGCGCAGGUGUGUGAUGGCAGACAGGACUGUUUGGACGGGUCAGAUGAGGAACGCUGCGGCACCACAGCCAGGCCAGCUGUGACUCCAAAGGGCCCACCGCUGCCCAGUCCCUGCUCUGCAAAGCAGUUCUCUUGUGUCAGUGGGGAGUGUGUUCACCUGGACCGCAGAUGUGAUCUGCAGAAGGACUGUGUUGAUGGAUCGGAUGAAAAAGACUGUGUGGACUGCAUCAUGUCCCCCUGGACAGCCUGGAGUGCAUGCAGUGUAACCUGUGGUAUGGGCUCCUUGUUCCGACAGAGGGACAUAAUGAGAGAAGCUCUACCAGGUGGAGCCUGUGGUGGAGCUCAGUUCGACAGUCGAGCCUGUUUCCCUCGAGCUUGUCCAGUUAACGGCCACUGGUCAGAGUGGACGGAGUGGUCCGAGUGUGAUGCUCAGUGUGGAGGUGGUGUCAGGCAGAGGAACAGAACCUGCUCUGCUCCUCCUCCCAAGAAUGGAGGAAAGGAGUGUGAGGGCAUGACCCUGCAGAGCCAGAGCUGCAACAGCCAGCCCUGCACCAAAGACACAGGCACACAGACAGGCUGUGUAAACAACAUGGUUCUAGUGACUGAAUCAGACUGCCGGGCUGGGAGGGUUGAGCCCUGUCCUCCUACCUGCUCACAUCUCAGCUCCACCAGCAACUGCACUGAGGUGUGCAUACUAGGGUGUCGCUGUCCUGAUGGUCUGUAUCUUCAAGGUGGGCGAUGUGUGAAUGCUAGUCAAUGUGUUUGUGUCUGGAACGGUCAAACACUACAGCCAGGACAAAUCAUCAUCAAGUACCAUUGUACCACAUGUGUGUGCCAAGAUGGACAAGUUACCUGUGACAACUCCAAAUGUGUUGCGACCUGUAAUUGGUCAGCCUGGUCGUCAUGGUCACCAUGUGAUGUAACUUGUGGUCUGGGGCUACAGCAACGCUACAGGUGAGUCUUGAACCCAGCUGGAGCAGUCAGAGGUCAGAUGUGUCCAGGAGACUCCUCUGAGGCCCGUCGCUGCUCCAGCUCCUGUCGUCCAUUGUUACCAGAUGGCGUCUGGAGUAAAUGGACCAGCUGGUCAGAGUGUAGCAAGACAUGUUUCAACCACGUCGAUGAUGUUGGAAUCAGGCGACGAUUUCGCAGCUGCAACCACACCCUGACGGCCUUUAACCACACCCAUACAGACUCUGCCUGUGGUGGAGACAGCGAGGAGCAGGAGCCUUGUAACACACUGCACUGUCCAGUGCAUGGCGGCUGGUCCGAAUGGUCACCAUGGUCUCAGUGUUCAUCAGAGUGUGACUCUGGCGUCCAAACAAGAGAGCGGUUCUGCAAUUCACCCCCAUCACAGUAUGGAGGCAACAGCUGCUCUGGGCCUCAUAUACAGACUGGAGACUGCAACUCCCACCCCUGCUCAGGUGUGUGUCCAGAGGGCAUGGUGUACAUGACAGCAGCAGAGUGUGAGGCUCAUGGCGGUGCAUGUCCUCGGGUGUGUUUGGACAUGACCUCCACAGAGGUGCAGUGUGCCACCUCCUGUUAUGAUGGCUGCUACUGUGCCCUGGGCUUUUACCUGCUCAACAGCAGCUGUGUGCCCUUGGCGCAGUGUCCGUGUUACCACCAGGGGGAGCUGUAUCCUGCUAGUGCCUCAAUGCCUGUUGAUGCCUGCAAUAACUGUACCUGCAUUAAUGGAGAAAUGGAGUGUGGGACCGCUCCCUGCUCUGUUGACUGCGGCUGGAGCAGUUGGACGCAGUGGAGCGCUUGCAGUCGAACGUGUGAUGUUGGGGUGAGAAGGCGGUAUCGUUCGGGAACCAAUCCUCGUCCAGCUUUUGGUGGUCAGCCCUGCAAAGGAGACAGAGUUGGGAUUGAUACCUGCAGCAUUGAACCCUGUUUCGGUGUGAAGGAGCCAUGGAGCGCAUGGUCAGAGUGCUCAGUGACAUGUGGAGGAGGUUACAGGACCCGAACCCGUGGGCCCAUCAGAGUCCAUGGAACUGCUCAGCAGUUCAGUGCCUGCAACCUGCAGCCUUGUGGCGAUGGUAAAGCGUGUCCUACUGGCCAGGAGUGGAAGCAGUGUGUGAGGGGGGCAGUGUCAUGCACAGACCUCACAAUGGACAUCAGCAGGAACUGCACACCUGGCUGCCAGUGUCCACAAGGGACAGUCCAACAGGAUGGUGUGUGUGUGCGGGAGCCUGACUGUCGCUGUGAUGUGGGUGGAGAGCAGUACAAACCAGGAGAUACUGUCCCCACAGACUGCAACAACUGUACAUGUGAAGCAGGGAGGCUGCUCAACUGCUCUCAAGUCAGCUGCAAUGUUGAUGGCCAUUGGUCAACGUGGACUCCGUGGGGUCAGUGUUCGGUGUCGUGUGGAGCAGGUCUCCAGUCCCGGUAUCGGUUCUGUUCCAGCCCCCAGCGCUCAGGCAGCGGCCUGCCGUGUGUGGGUGCACACAGAGAGGAUCAAGUCUGCGUCAACACUCCAUGUGACCGGGAUGGCGGCUGGAGUCAGUGGAGUAACUGGACGGACUGCACCAAGUCAUGUGGCGGGGGGGUUAAAAGCAGGAGGAGAGAGUGUGACAGUCCCAGUCCAGAAGGGGAGGGGAACUACUGCGAGGGGCUGGGAACUGAGGUUAUAGCCUGUAACACUGCCCACUGUCCAGUGGCUCCAUGCUCGCAGGUCCCAGGCACAGUGUUCAGUAGCUGUGGUCCCUCCUGCCCUCGCUCCUGUGACGACCUGGCUCACUGUGAGUGGCAAUGUGAGCCAGGGUGCUACUGUACAGAGGGAAAGGUCCUGUCUGCUAACGGGACAGUCUGUGUGGAGAGAGAAGACUGUGCCUGCCUGGACCUUAGUACUGGACACAUACUUGAACCAGGGGAGACCAUGGUAGCCCCUGAUGGAUGUAACAACUGCACCUGUGAGGGAGGGAGGCUCAACUGCUCAAGAAACCCCUGUCCAGUGUCUGGUGGCUGGUGUGAGUGGUCAGAGUGGACUCCAUGCUCCAGGACCUGUGGGGCAGAGUCAGUUUCUCGUUACAGGAGCUGUGGCUGUCCGGAGCCCAAGGCUGGAGGAGCGGCCUGCUCUGGAGAACAGGAGAUACACAACGGGGUGGGAGUUCAAAUCCAGAGACAGCCCUGCCCUGUCAUUACCUUCUGUCCAGUGCACGGUUCGUGGAGCCCCUGGUCAGUGUGGUCAGAGUGUGAUGGCUGUGCCGGAGCGUCCACUCGCACCAGGCAGUGUAACAGUCCUCCUGCCAGGUUUGGUGGUCUGCCCUGUCUUGGGGAGGGCAGGCAGAGGCAGGGUUGCCAUGACAACAUGACUGUCUGCGCAGACUGCGGCGGCGGUCAGGAGGAAUGGCCUUGUGGGAAGUCCUGUCCUCGCUCUUGUUCGGAUCUCCAUGGUGACACAGAGUGCUUGGACUCCCCCGGGUGCCAAAAGACCUGCGGUUGUCCGGGUGACAUGGUUCUGCAGGAUGGAGUGUGUGUGACCAGGGAGGAGUGUCGCUGCAAAUACCACAAUACCUCUUCUACUGAAAUGACAUUCAAUGGGCUUGAUUCCACUAAUGCAUCAUGGGUAUGGCCGGGUGGAUCUGAUUGGCAGUUUGCAUAUCCUGGAGACAGCAUCAUCAGUGAUUGCAAAAACUGUUCAUGCGAGGCUGGUGUUCUGCAGUGUCACUCUGUCCCUGGUUGCCAUGUUGAUGGUGGCUGGAGCCAAUGGGGGGCCUGGACUGAUUGCUCACUUCUUUGUGGAGGAGGAAUAAAGUUCAGAAGACGCCACUGUAAUAACCCGACUCCUCAGAGCGGUGGGAGAGGCUGUUUGGGAGUCGCGGAACAGCAGAAAGACUGCAACAUCCACCUUUGCACAGAAUCCAAGGGUCCAUGGCUCCCCUGGUCCAAGUGGUCUGUGUGUUCGGUCAGCUGUGGAGGAGGACAGCAGUCCCGCUCUCGUGUCUGCAACUCUCAACCCUGCAGCGGCCUUAGCCGCCAGAGUAAGACCUGCAACACCCAGGUCUGCCUCGAAGUGGGCUGCCCUCCUGGCAGGUUGUACAGGGAGUGUGAACGAGGUGAAGGCUGUCCUUUCAGCUGCGCUCAGGUCAGCGGCAGGGAGGGAUGCUACUCUGAUGGCUGUGAGGAAGGCUGUCACUGCCCCCAAAACACCUAUCAACAUCAAGGAGCAUGUAUGCAGGAGUGUCCAUGUCUGGUAGACAAAGAGUUUCUGGCCUCUCUGCAAAGUGUUUCCAUCUCACCUAUCUCAUCUCUGCUCCUCCAUAACAUCUCUGAGGGAGUGGAACUUCAGCCUGGAGACACUGUGGUCCAUGACUGUAGCACCUGCGGCUGUGAGCAUGGCAGGUGGAACUGUUCCUUGGAGUAUUGCCCGGUUGAUGGAGGUUUGUCACCCUGGGGCUCCUGGAGUUCCUGCUCCCUGUCCUGUGGAGGUUUAGGACUGAAGACUCGCUCCAGGGGCUGCACACAGCCUGCACCUGCCCACGGAGGGAGAGACUGCCAGGGGGCACGGCAGGAAACCACCUACUGCCAGGCACCAGACUGCCCAGUUAUUGUUGGUCCUACAGAUGAACCAAUUGUACCAGAUGAAGAUGCUGGUUUCUCUCCCUGGUCAUUAUGGAGUCCCUGCACUAAGACAUGCACUGAUGCUCUGAGCCCAGCCAUGAAGUCCCGCCAUCGACAGUGUGAGAAACCUCCCUGCUCUGGAAGCUCUCACCAACAGAAGGCCUGUAACCUUCCCCAGUGUCCAGGUACAACCUCUCAUGGAUCUGAAGUGUGUGUCGGGGCCGACUGUGCACAGAAAAACUGUUCCUGGACAGAAUGGGCCGAUUGGAACUCCUGUUCGCGGUCUUGUGGAGUGGGUCAGCAGCAGAGGAUCCGGACCUUCCUCCGCCCGGGGACCAACGGCUCCUGGUGCGAAGACAUCCUGGGAGGAAACCAGGAGCAUCGCUUCUGUAACAUCAAGCCCUGCAGAGUGGAUGGAGGUUGGUCUCGUUGGAGUCCGUGGUCCCGCUGUGAUAAGCGCUGUGGUGGCGGGCGCUCCAUACGCACCCGCACCUGCUCCAGCCCUCCACCCAAGAACGGUGGCAAGAAGUGCAAAGGAGAGAAGAACCAGGUCAAACCCUGUAACACCAAACCCUGUGACGAGAAAGGCUGCCCGCCAGGCCAGGAGUUCGUCUUGUGUGCCAACCAAUGCCCACAGCGCUGCUCAGACCUCCAGCAGGGAAUCGAGUGCCAAGGAAACACCGAAUGUCAGCCCGGCUGUCGCUGCCCUGAAGGCCAACUGCAACAGGACGGAGUGUGUGUGCAGCUAUGGCAGUGUGACUGUGUGGACUCGCUGGGACAGAUUUGGGCGGCUGGCAGUUGGCACCAGGUGGACUGUAACAACUGCAGCUGCUCUGACGGACAGCUCCUCUGCACCAAUCACAGCUGCCACUCCGCUUGUGUUUGGAGCUCCUGGUCCAGCUGGGCGUCCUGCAGUGUUUCCUGUGGGCAGGGCCAAAGAACCAGAUACAGGUCACAGAUCCCAGAGAGUGAAGGGACAGAUUGCCAGUUUGAGGAAGUCCAGCAUAAAUCCUGCGACCCGGGACUUUGCCCACCUCUCUGUCUCCAUGACAACCGGGAGCUCCAUGUGGGAGACACCUGGCUGCAGGGCGAGUGUAAACAAUGCACAUGCACUCCAGAGGGAGAUUACUGCCAAGACAUUGACUGCAGAGUGGCUGGUGGUUGGACCCCAUGGUCAGUAUGGUCGGACUGCUCAGUGACAUGUGGUCGGGGCACACAGGUGCGAACCCACGCCUGUAUCAAUCCUCCUCCACGCAACAACGGCUCUCAGUGCAGCGGGCCAGAGAGAGAAACACAGGACUGUCACACUCCUCUCUGUCUAGAUGACCUAUGCCCCUGGUCGCCAUGGUCACCGUGUUCCCGGAGCUGCGGCGCGGGUUCUGUGUCCCGGCGCAGGGUGUGUGUGUGUGAGGAAGGAGGGGAUGCAGCGUGCCCCUCUGAGAUCGAGGCCGAGAGGAACAGAGAGGAGACCCAGCUGUGUUACAAACAGCCCUGUCCAGGCUGUCCCAUGUCUCAGUGGAGUGUUUGGUCCAAGUGUUCCUGUGAGUCUCAGAAGCAGCAGCGCUACCGUGUAGCUCUCUCCCCAGCCACCAGGGGGCAACAGUGCACUCCUGUAGAAACACAAAGCAGGACAUGCAGUCUGAGUCAAUGUGAUAGUUGUGAAGCCCCGUUUGUGUUCUCAGCAUGUGGUGCACCCUGUGAGAAGCAGUGUGCGCUGCAGGGCCAUCGAGAUCAAUGUUUAGGUGUCAAGGAGUGCACACCUGGCUGCUACUGCCCCCAGGGUCUGUUGCAGCAAAAUGGAACGUGUGUUCCCCCCGAGCAGUGUGGCUGUGUCCACCUUCAGGACCAGGCGUCAGGGCAACCACCCACACCUGUGACCAUCCCCCAGGGUGGCACUGUCACCAUCGGCUGCAGUACUUGCCUUUGCCAUGAUGGAACUUUGCAAUGCGACAUGAGAGAGUGUGAAGUCAUCCUCAGCGAGUGGUCACAGUGGACUCCUUGUUCUCCCUGUGCACCCUCUUCCUCCAUGCUGCAAAGCAAAUUUCAAGCCGAACUCAUCAGCAGCGCUAAAAUGCUCUCAAUACAGAGGCGUUUCCGGGCUUGUUUGGACCUGGACUCUGGUUUCCCAGUCCCAAAAGAGGAGGAGGAGAGCCAAUGUCCGGGACCACUUGUAGAGGAGAGGCUCUGUCCAGAUGCAAGCAUCUGCAGAGAUCUGUGUCAGUGGAGUGCGUGGAGCGCCUGGACAGCCUGCGCUGAGCCGUGCAGCGGUGGAGUCCGACAGCGCUUCAGAUGGCCCCUGGCCUCUGCUCCGGGACCGAAUUGCAAGAGCCAACAGACCCAGAGUCAGAGCUGUAACACGGGACUCUGCCCAGGCGAGCGCUGUGAGGACAGGGGGCGGACCUACCAAGAGAAUUGUGCCAAUCAAUGUCCCCGCAGCUGCACUGACUUAUGGGAGCAUGUGCAGUGCCUCCAGGGAGCCUGUCACCCAGGUUGUCGGUGUCAUGAAGGACAGUUGUUGCAGGACGGCCACUGUGUGUCAGUUGCAGAGUGUCGCUGUGGAAUCCCAUCAGGCAAUGGGACAUUAGAGUUUAACCCCAAAGAGGAACUUUCUGUGGACUGCAACACCUGUGUGUGUGAGAAUGGCACUCUGGUGUGCACCAAACUCCCUUGCCCGGUUUAUGAGCCUUGGAGUCCGUGGAGCUCCUGCUCAGCCUCCUGUGGACGUGGACAGAGGACGAGGACGCGCCUCUGCCAGGACACAGAGGGGGGUCCUUCCUGUGCUGACGCCAUGCAGACAGAGAGCUGUGAAGUGAUGCCAACGUGUCCAGUGGGAUGUCUUCUUAGCGAGUGGUCUCCCUGGAGUGAAUGCAGCGCCACAUGUGGAGGUGGGGCAUCAAUGCGGAACAAGACAGUCCUCAGAGAGUCAGAGCCUGGCGGGACGGCUUGUGUUGGACCACUUGAACAACACACUGUCUGCAAUACCAACAGCUGCCUGCCUGACUGUCCCAGGGGACAGGUGUAUAGUAACUGUUCAGGUUCCUGCCCAUAUACCUGUGAGGACCUGUGGCCCCACACCCAGUGUUUACCUGGACCCUGCACCCCUGGGUGCGAUUGCCCUCCAGGACAGGUGUUGCAUGGCGGCUCCUGUGUCUCCCAUGACGACUGUCCUUGCUCACCCCUGUCCCUGCCAGCUGGUUACCGAAGCUGGAACAUCAGUGAGGACGAGGACACAGAAGCUCUGCUGCCACCUGGGACUGCCGUUCACCACCUCUGCAACACAUGUGUGUGCCGGCGUGGAGCGUUCCACUGUACCUCCGAGCUCUGUGAUGUGGACUGCGAGUGGUCCAGCUGGUCUCUGUGGAGUCCGUGCUCGGCAAGCUGUGGUACGGGGCGACAGCGCUCCACCAGAAUCAUCCUGCAGCCCAGUCAGUAUGAGGGGGCCGAAUGUGAGGGCCCAGACCACCGCACAACCACCUGCACGGCCCCCGACUGUGCGUGUCCUGCUGGCGAGCAGUGGAGGAGGAGUGUGUCCCCGCUGUGCGAGAGGAGCUGCGAGGACAUUUACUCCUCUCCUGUCAACUGCACCCACUCCAUCGAAGGCUGCGUGUGUCAGGAGGGGCUUUACCGAAACGCGGAGGGAGUGUGUGUCAUUCCAGCUCUCUGCCCCUGCCAUGACCAGGGCAUCAUGCGAGAGGCAGGAGCGGAGUGGGAUGAAGGCUGUCUGUCAUGCCGCUGCGUGAACGGGAGAAAACUGUGCCAGUUAAGAUGUCCUCCACUUCACUGUGAUGAGGGGGAGGUCAAGGUGGAGGAGCCCGGCAGCUGCUGUCCGAUCUGUCGAAAGCAGUUUCCUGGCGAGCCUGUGCCAGAGUGUCGUCGCUACCUGCAGGUCAGGAACAUCACCAAGGGAGACUGUCGGCUUGACAACGUGGAGGUCAGCUUCUGCAGGGGACGCUGUCUGUCCAGGACUGAUGUAAUCCUGGAGGAGCCCUACCUCCAGUCAGUGUGUGAGUGCUGCAGUUACCGUUUGGACCCCGACAACCCGGUCCGUUUCCUCAGCCUGCGGUGUGAGAGCGGGGAGAGCGAGCCAGUUGUCCUGCCUGUCAUACACAGCUGCGAGUGCACCAGCUGCCAAGGAGGUGACCUGUCCAGACGCUGAGCGAGUAUGUUGAGUGGGUCGGUGAGCUGAGCGUGUGUGUGUGAGUGUGAAUCUGAACGUGUGUGGCACAAGAGAGAGAGAGAGAGAGUGAGAGCAGGGCGAACACUGAUCCGAGGAAGAGCUCAGCACUGAAAGCCCAGCUGGGUGACGGAUGGGGAGCUUUGGGACGGACGGACCAAAGAAUGGACGGAUGAGUAGAGUCCUGUUGAUGUACACAUCUUUAGUCUUUAGUCAUCAUAUGACUGGAUACUUCUGCGAAUAGUAAUGUUCUAAAAUGUUGUUUGUUCUUCAGCCUGUACAGCGUUUUUUCUUGUGUAUAUUUAUAGUAAUAUUAAAGGACCUAUAAUACAAUCUAAGUAAUAUCUAUAUGGAUCAGGAAUGUUUACUUAGUAUGUUUAAAGAAAAUGUUUGUACCAGCAGCUGUUUUGAGGAAGUGUUAAAGUUUAAAUAAAAAGACUCCACAUACAGAGA